AUGCGUUGGAUCACCUACCUAAAAGGCGAACCAGAAGUAUGGACUCUAAGGGUACCUCCGAUAUACUGCCCUCGUGAUGGUCUUUAUUGCUCUCCAAAUGUGUGUCGGCUAAGGGCUUGUAACUCGUGUAGUCAGAGUUAUGCCUCGAUGAGCGGGCUGAGGAUCCAGAUGGCGCCCUCAAUCCAUCACCAAGCGGCCGCCAUGUUGUCUAUCCUGGUGAGGUACCAGUGGCACGCCUUCACCAUCGUGACGUCACACAUCGCCGGCCACGCGGACUUCGUUCAGACGGUCCGGGACCAGGUGCACCAGUACGAGGACCCGCAUGACAUCUCCAAGCCGAAGAUCAAGUUCACCAUCAUCGACACCGUGCUCGUGAACCGCGCCGAGGACGACCUCGGAGUGAUAGCCGACAGCGAGGCCCGAAUCAUGCUGCUCUACUCCACCCGCAUGGAGGCCGCGUCCAUCAUGAGGGCGGCGGAGCGGCUGGGUCUCACGGGCAAGAAUUACGUGUGGAUCGUCACCCAGUCGGUUGUCGGGCCCGAUAUCCACGCCCCGUCGGCUUUUCCUGUCGGGAUGCUCGAUCUAAACCCACAGAGCUACAGAGAACCCCGCAUGGUACCGGUACACAGCUCUGAACCCACAGAGGACAAUAACCUCUCACAUAACAACACCACUCUACUCUAA